GCUGGACGGGAGAAAGUUCCUGCAGACUCUCCAGCUGCAGUACCGCAGGAGGGCCAGCGGAGAGGUUUAGGUGUCUGCAAGUGCUGUUCGACUGGAAGAUCGCUGCUUUCUUGCCGAAGAACAUCCUCAAUUUCCCAAACCAUCUGCACAGUGAAGUCAUCCCCUGGACCCCACAAUGGCAGUGCGUUGGUCCCUGCUUUGUAGACUGGCCGCCUUGGUCUGUCUCUGGGUCUUGGGCCAUACUCAGAGCGAGAACCCCCAGAUUCAGCUCCGACUGGCGGGCACCAAACGCAAGCACAACGAGGGCCGGGUGGAGCUGUACUACAGCGGCGAGUGGGGCACGGUCUGCGAUGACGACUUCUCCAUCCAUGCCGCCCACGUGGUCUGCAGACAGCUGGGCUUCCUGGAGGCCACUUCCUGGUACCCAUCUGCCAAGUAUGGCCGAGGAGAAGGCCACAUCUGGUUGGACAACGUCCACUGCACAGGGAGAGAGAAGACACUGGCUGAGUGCUCUUCCAAUGGAUUCGGGGUGUCUGACUGCAAGCAUUCUGAGGACGUGGGGGUGUUGUGUAGUCACAGGAGAAUCCCAGGCUACAGGUUCACCGGAGCGUUGGCUAAUAACAUUGAGGACCUGAACAUUCAGCUGGAGGACGUGCGCGUCCGGGCGAUACUGUCAUGGCAGCGCAGACGGAUCCCCGUGACGGAGGGCUUUCUGGAGGUGAAGGAGGGGGGGCGCUGGAGGCAGGUGUGCAGCAAGGCCUGGACCCCCAUGAACAGCCGGGUCAUCUGCGGCAUGUUUGGCUUCCCCGGGGAGAAGAAGUACAAUGUCAAGGUGUACAAGAUGGUGGCUCUCAGGAGGAAGAACAAAUACUGGGGCCAUUCGAUGAACUGCACAGGGAACGAGGCUCACGUGUCAGGCUGCAAGCUGGGACCGCCGCCCACGCGGAAGGGCAAUGCCACCUGCAGCCUGGGCAUGCCGGCGGUGGUGAGCUGUGUGCCCGGGAGGGCCUUUGCCCCCAGCCCAGUGACGGGCUUCAGGAAGGCCUACCGGCUGGAGCAACCCCUGGUGCGGCUGAAGGGAGGUGCCAGUGUGGGUGAGGGCCGCGUGGAGGUGCUGAAGAACGGCGAGUGGGGGACCAUCUGUGACGACAACUGGAGCCUCCGCUCGGCCACCGUGGUGUGCAGGGAGCUGGGCUUCGGCAGCGCCCGCGAGGCCCUGACCGGGGCGCGUCUGGGACAGGGAAUGGGUCCCGUCCACAUGAACGAGGUGGAGUGCUCAGGGUUCGAGAAGUCCAUCACCGAGUGCUUCUUCAACAAGGACGCUCUGGGCUGCAGCCACGAGGAAGACGCUGCCGUCAGGUGCAACGUGCCAGCCAUGGGCUUCAAGGAUAGGGUUCGGCUGGGCGGGGGCCGGAACCCCUAUGAGGGCCGGGUGGAGGUCCUGGUGGAGCGGAACGGCUCGCUGGCGUGGGGCACUGUGUGCAGUGACAGCUGGGGGACACUGGAGGCGAUGGUGGUCUGCCGGCAGCUGGGCCUGGGAUACGCCAGUCACGCCUUCCAGGAAACCUGGUACUGGCCGGGAGACACAAGCGCAGAUGACGUCGUCAUGAGUGGGGUGCGCUGCUCGGGCACAGAGAUGUCACUGUCACACUGUCUGCACCAUGGGAAGCACAUCCACUGCCCCCGGGGAGGGGGUCGCUUUGCCGCCGGAGUCUCCUGUUCAGAAUCCGCCCCGGACCUGGUCCUGAAUGCACAGGUGGUGGAGCAGACCACCUACCUGGAGGACCGGCCGAUGUUCAUGCUGCAGUGCGCCCAGGAGGAGAACUGCCUGUCCAGCACGGCCAGUGCAACAACGGCCAGCGGCUACCGGCGCCUCCUGCGCUUCUCCUCCCAGAUUCACAACAACGGACAGGCGGACUUCCGACCCCGCGCCACCCAGCACUCCUGGAUCUGGCACGAGUGUCACAGGCACUACCACAGCAUGGAGGUGUUCACACACUACGACCUCUUCAGCCUCAAUGGCACCAAGGUGGCGGAGGGGCACAAGGCCAGCUUCUGUCUGGAGGACACAGACUGUGACGAGGGCAUUGAAAAGAGGUACGCCUGCGCCAACUUUGGCGCUCAGGGCAUCACCGUGGGCUGCUGGGAUUCAUACCGGCACGACAUCGACUGCCAGUGGAUAGAUGUGACGGACGUCAAGCCCGGGGAUUACAUAUUCCAGGUAGUAAUUAAUCCCACAUACGAGGUGGCGGAGUCUGACUACACGAACAACAUCAUGAAGUGUCGAUGUCGCUACGACGGUUACCGGAUAUGGACAUACAGCUGUCAUAUAGGGGGCUCAUUAAGCUCUGACGUUGAGGACACCUUCCCAGGACUCCUGAACAACCACCUGUCCUACAGAUAAAAGGCAACAGAAGAAGAAAUCUGGGUGGACCAUUAAGCCAGCAACCCGACAUGCCCUCCCCCCAACCACUAAAGCCCCACACCCCUCAAUUCACCAGAAGUGCCUGCGCUGUGUGUCAUCAAGGUACCCAUUAUAUUAGCACCAAUGGCUGACAACAUAUGAUUCCUCUCCUGUUCAGUUUGCGGGUUCAAAAGAGGCUCAACCUACUUUGGGGGGGUCCCUAAAUAACCCUGAAGAAAGUAAUGCGUUACCAGCAGCAUAAAUCCUCAAAGCAAUGUAACGGUUCAGAUAUGGGAUUGGCGGGACUGGAGGACAAACUGGCCAGAUGAAUCCCUUUGCUGGGUCACGGUUUUGCAUAGAGAGAACAUACGGGAAUUCUACAUGUAAUUUUCCUUGAAGGGAUUUUAAAAGAAUCGUAAACAUUUUGCACGAACCACUUCGUACGUGGGGAGUCCUGGACCCUACAAAUUGGCUAAAAUGGAUUUGAAACGUUACUGAUAGUUAUAAAAUUGCCUGGCACUGAUACUGACUACAAAGGCCAUGGGGGAAAAGGCCAUAAAUACUGCUUAUGUCAGACGUUCAGCUGCAGAUGGCAGGCAGCAAGUUCUCCCCAUUGCCCAGUUUUAGUUUAAAUAAUAUAAAUAAAACAUUUAAAAAUAAUUUCCAAGUCUACUGAAAACUGGUAAAUAUUCUAUGGUUAUGGUGGAUUAAUGUAUAGGCUCUCCUAGUUAGCACUGCUACUUGUGGUCAACCAAUGGGAAUGUUUAUUGCUAUAAGUCAUCCCCCAGUAGUUUCUGAUCGAAUGAAAAGUGCCAGGUUGGGAACUAAAAACAGGUUCAUGAACUACAAUUGGGCUGAGUUCCAGUGGUGGGACCAUGACAGAAGUUUGUAGUUCCUAAAAAAUUUCCCAAAAAAGUUCCUGGCCCCUGAAUGGAAAGGGUCUCUCCCCCAGUCCUUGGUAAGUUCUAGGACCGGCACCCUGCACUUAGUAUGGAUUAUCGACGUUGCAAUGUUCUUAAUUUUCACUUGAUUCUAUUUCGUUCUCCAAAAAAAAUUGCUUAAGUCAUGUGAGUCUGGGGCCCCAGAGGGAGUGAACCAGCCCCCGAUUACAGUAGCAUUUGCAGACCGGAACUGUCUGGACUUUUCUCUGUGAAGUGAUUUCUUCCUGUGCACAGUCUUUCCCUGUGGUUCCCUGCAGCCAAGUUAGUCUCAGUGUGGUAAUACUAUGUAAACCACCACAGCUGUCUUCGUUUUCUUUGGGAGAACAAACACUUCCUCUGAUUACAACACUGCCGUCACCAUUUGGGCAGAAAUGAGGCAUCGUACUGAACUGCCUUAACGAUAAAAACGGACGAGCGUUUGGUAAUGUGGAUACUAAUGUUACCAUAGUUACUUGAGAUGUUCUCUUCCAAAGCACAUAACCCUCAUGCUAGGUGGUGAUGUCACGCUGACUGUGACGCCGCUUAACUCAGCUAUGGCUGCUCUGUGCCGUUUCAGUCUGUAUCUGAACCAAUUGUAGAGAGACACUUCUGGUGGACUCGCCAGAGGGCAUGGUGGGCAAAGCCUGGUGGGUGACAGUCACGUCACAGGGAAAGGGGACAGUUCUUUGAGGAAGACCUGGGUGCCAGAAAUAGCUAAUCCGCCAAAGUACCUUCACAGAACUGGUUUAUUUUCCAUCCAGAUGGUUACAGAUACACGUGGAAUAUGGCAUGGCACUACGGCCAACACUGAUUUAAAAAAUGUCUUGUGACAGGUAUGGUAAGAGAUGUUGAAAGCCAAAAAUAAUAAAUAAAUAAUUUCCAAAGUUUUAUCGUGAAAUUUAUAGAUUUGUCUCUGUGAUAAUGUGCAAUUGAUUUUUGUUUUUAAUCUAUCGUGAUGCAAUUUGUAAAUCUUUUAUAGCCAUUAUUUUAAAUAACUUUAAAGAAUCAGGGAUUUCAAGAAUUUUGUGUAACAGUAGCCUCAGCCUAUGUGAAGUUUAAGGAGUUUUUAUUUCUUUGUAUCGGUGCUAUCAAAUAGGGACCUUCUGUUUUAAUGAGGGUACCCAAUGCUAGCUGAGUGACUUAUGUACGUUUGCUUCAACUUGAAAGGGUCAAAUAUGUGCUUUUCACCCUUUGUUUGCCAAUAAAACUGUACCAGAUCA